UGAUUACUUAAUGUAUCCAUCAACGUCUUAAUUUGCAUUUGCAUGUCAACCAAGACUUGAGUAGCGAGUGCAACCAAUACUUUGUUUCUUGCUUAAUUUUUAGAACACAUUCUACCAUAUUCCAAUUUUGUCUUUCUGCAUUUGCAACUUUGUAUUUCAAUUUUGAUUGAUACUCCUGGUACAUGAUUGGAGUAACUAUGAAAAGAUUCAAAAAAACCUCCAAUGAUCAGCUAGUUUCUUCCGAUCGAGAAUCCAGUAUCGUUCUAAAGAUUGCAGAAUCGAAAUGGGGUCUCAAUCCUAUGACUCUUAUGGCUUUUUUCGUAGUAUCUUUGAUGGUUCUGACUCUUGUAUUCUCAGUUGCCAUAGUUUCUGGGAAGUUACCUUCUGAUUGCUUGUGGACUUUGGCUGAAGCUAGAUUUUUUCAUGUUAAACCUUCAAAAGUUUCUGAAGAUGAUAUUCCUCGGCCAGUGAUAAUGCCAAAAGAUAAACUAUUAGGUGGCCUUCUUCCUUCUGGAUUUGAUGAAACAUCUUGUUUGAGUAGGUAUGAAUCACUCUUAUAUAUCAAAGGUCUGCGCCAUAAGCCUUCGUCUUAUCUUAUCUCGAGGUUAAGAAGAUACGAAGCUCUACAUAAGCAAUGUGGACCAUAUACAGAAUUAUAUAACAGAACUGUCGACCUUAUAAAAUCUAGUGAUCAAUACAGUGCUGCUUCUUCAGUUUGUAAUUAUGUGAUUUGGGUAUCCUUUAGUGGUUUAGGGAACAGAAUACUAACCUUAACUUCUGCUUUUCUUUAUGCUCUUCUCACAAAUAGAGUCCUUCUUGUUGACCCCCGAGUUAAUUUACCUGACUUAUUCUGUGAACCUUUUCCUCAAGUUUCUUGGUUGCUUCCCUCAGAUUUUCCCAUACUUGAUCAGUUUAGUACCUUUAAUCAGAAAUCUCCACUUUCUUAUGGUUAUAUGGUGAGAAACAAUAAGUCAAGAAUACAUCCUUUCAUGUACCUUCAUUUAAAUCAUGACUAUGAUGCUCAAGAUAAAUUAUUUUUCUGUGACACUGACCAAACUUUUCUCAAGAAAAUCCCUUGGCUAUUUGUGAAGUCAAAUAACUAUUAUGUUCCUGCUCUUUUCUUGAUCCCAUCUUUUGAGCAAGAGUUAAACAAUCUUUUUCCAGAGAAAGGAACUGUCUUCCACUUUUUAGGUAGGUACCUUUUCCAUCCCACAAAUACUGUAUGGGGGCUUAUUACUAGGUACUAUCAAGCUUAUUUGGCCAAUGCAGAUGAAAAAAUAGGGAUUCAAAUUAGAGUCUUUGAUUUAGGUGCAGGUAAUUUUAAGUAUGUAUUGGAUCAGAUUUUAGCAUGUACAACAAAGGAGAAUCUACUGCCACAGGUUAACCAGAAUGAGCCUAUAGUCAAUUCAUCUGAAAAGCCGAAGACUAUAAGUGUAUUGAUGACAUCUCUAAGUCCAAGAUAUUUCGAGGAGAUCAGGAACAUGUAUUGGGAAAAUCCUACUGUAACAGGAGAGAUUGUUAGUGUUUACCAGCCAAGUCAUGAGGAGCAUCAACAAACCGAGAAGCUGAUGCAUGACAGGAAGGCAUGGGCGGAGAUGUAUUUGCUGAGUUUAACUGACAAAUUGGUUACAAGUGCAUGGUCCACUUUUGGAUAUGUAGCUCAGGGUCUUGGAGGUUUGAAGCCCUGGAUUUUGUACAAGUUUGAGAAUGGGACAGUACAUAAUCCGCCUUGUUUUCGCGAUAUGUCUUUGGAGCCAUGUUAUCAUUCCCCUCCGAAUUAUGACUGCAAAAAGAAAACAGCAGGUUAUAACACAGGUAAUGGUGUUCCUCAUGUGAGACAUUGUAAGGAUAUGACCUGGGGGUUGAAGCUAUUUGAUCGAAAUGGUGAACUGUAACAUGUUUAGAAUAAGGGAAGAACAAUUGUCGCAUGAUUAAAAAUUAUAACUUAUUACAAGAUUCUUUCAUUGA